AUGCAAGAAAUUAAAAGACAAAACAGGGGAAGCAUGUUCUCUGGGAGCGAUAGUUCUGUUUCUGACGAAACCACAGAAAGACUUCAAACCAUUGGAAUGAGAAUCAGACAGAGUGUUUCAAUGGGUUACAAAGUUCCGGACUCUAGUACCUGCGGCCUGCCAUCUUAUAUGAACGACUAUGAACAGCAGCAAAGUAUUAACAACACCAGAAGAAUCCCCCUUCCUUCACACCUUGAUGGGAGCACCCCUCCAGCGUUGGACUACAAUGGAUCAACCGCAUCUUCUUUAGCAGGUUGGGAGCAAGAAAUUAACAGCUCAAUUACAGAUAAUAUGCACAACAUCAACAAAUACUACAAUGUUACACCACAUAACGAACCAAGUUGUCUGAAGAGGGGGUUUGCCAAUGUUGAAGGCAAGGAGUUGGAUGUCGGAGAUUACGUCCAAAGAUACGGGCCAUUAAGCUUCAACGAUGAAUUCUAA